AAUGGCCGCCGCUCGUCGUCGCCUGCCCGCGAAAAUUUCGACAUCACCGAAAUAUUCCAAACAUCUCGCAACCUUCGGGCGGUCAAACUUACCUCUGUGCUAGUCGCAGUUGCUUCAUUGUCUCAUUCCGUCUCGAGUCGAUGAACGACGUGUACACCGCGACGCGGAGCACGUGUAUUGCUACGUAAUACGAUUCUUGCCGGUUCGUCGCAACAGUUCCGUCGAUUCUCGCGAUUGAUUUGCGAACGGGUUCUCGGCCUCGUGCCUUUUAAUACUCGUUUCUCCGAUCGAAUCGUCGCGAGUGUCAGUGCCAUGAGGAUGUGAGAACUAGGAUCGGCAAGCCAGAUCGGAGGAAGCAGAACGCUGAGAUCUAACCAACGACACAUCGUGUGUUUCUAGACCAACGGGAAGCUGGCAUCGAUCGCAGAGUAAAUUACUUCUGUGUCAAGGACUCGCUGCUGACUUAACGCGGAGGCUGCGAGGGCGAGCACACCAUUAUCGGAAUAAUGAAGAGAGAAGCCGAGACCGGCGCUAUGACAGGUUCCGGGGGUCCGACGAGUCCCCACAAGCGUUAUCGACAGGGUGACGAUGAACUCCGUCUUCUCAUACCGAGUAAGGUAGCUGGUUCGAUAAUCGGCAAGGGCGGUCAGAACAUCACGAAACUCAGAAGUCAGUACAAAGCCUCAAUCAUUGUACCCGAUUGCCCCGGACCCGAACGGGUGCUCACCAUCAGCUCGGACCUGCCCACUGUUCUGCAAGUGUUGAACGAGGUCGUACCUAAUCUAGAGGAGACACGGUUUCAGAACGGUUCCCGUCAUGGUAGCGACGAGAUCGACGUACGUAUGUUGGUGCAUCAGAGCCAAGCGGGAUGCAUCAUCGGCAAAGGCGGCCUGAAGAUCAAGGAGCUGCGCGAGAAAACCGGAGCCAGGAUCAAGAUCUAUUCGAACACCUGCCCGCGCAGCACGGAUCGCCUCAUCAGCAUCUGCGGGAAGCCAACGACGUGCAUCGAAUGCAUACGCGAAUUGAUCGCCACCAUUAAGACCUCGCCGCUCAAGGGUGUAAACAACCCUUACGACCCGCACAACUUCGACGACUUCUACGCCGACGAUUACGGCGGCUACGGUAAUGCCGAUGGCCAGAGUAAGGUCAGCGGAUUCGGCGGGCCCGGUGGCCGCGGUGGCGGCGGUGGCGGAGGCGGCGGAGGUGGUGGCGGCGGUGGCGGGAUGCCACCGCGUCGCGACAACCGCGGCGGCGGUGGCGGCGGCGGUGGCGGUGGCCCUGGCGACAUGAACCGCGGCUUCCCACCACCACCCCGAGGUGGCCCGCGCGGCAGCGGCGGCGGUGGUAGUGGAGGCGGCGGCGGUGGUGGAGGCGGCGGAGGCGGUGGUGGAAUGUCCGGCGGCCCACCGGAUCGCGGAUACGGCGGUAAUUCCCGCGUCGGCGGCGGCGGCAGUGGCGGCGGCGGCGGCGGGGGUGGCGGCGGCGGCGGCUACGACGGCGGCCGCGGCGGCGGUGGCGGUGGAUACGGCGGCGGAAACCGUGGCGGACCGCCUCCCUACGGUAGUGGAAAUUAUAACGGUGAUGGAUGGGGGAUGCAAGGAGGCGCGCCCAAUGGCUUAGGUGGCGGUGGCGGCGGCGGCGGCAGCGGCGGUGGUGGCGGCGGUAACGCGGGGAUGGGCGGCCCACCGAUGGGUGGAAACAACCAAGGGAACCAGGGUAACAUGGGUGGCAACAAAACUAGUACCCAAGUCACCAUUCCGAAAGACUUGGCCGGAGCUAUAAUCGGCAAAGGCGGUGCGAGAAUCAGAAAAAUCAGGUCCGACAGUGGUGCUGGCAUAACUAUCGACGAGCCACUGCCCGGCAGUAAUGAUCGUAUCAUUACUAUCACCGGGAUACCCAGUCAGAUACAAAUGGCCCAGUACCUGCUGCAGCAGAGCGUUCACGAGAAUGCAGAUCAUUACUAAGACGUGGUGAAGGAUGCAUUCGGGGGGAGGGGGGAGCCAAAGAUGCGUUUUCGUAACGUCUUUUUUUUUCUCUAGGCAGAUAAAUAAGGAAUAUUUUGUGGGCAAACAUAUGUAAAAGCGCUAAAAGCGGAACUGAAACUGAAGCACCACGAUGGUACAUGAUGUAUGCACCCGCAGAAACGAGCGCGCGUGUGUCUGCGUGCGCACGAGAAGGAGGAGGAGGAGGACGACGAUCUGUAUACGCACACAUCACACACGUGAAUCACCCUCUCCCGAGAAGAAUAAAACGCUUUUACGUGGUCGAUGCUAAGCGUGAGAGUAGUCUUAACGUGACAAGCCAACUGUCGUCAUCAUCAUCACCAUCAUCGUCAUCUUCUUAAGGGACGCGGUCGUUCGCGAUCGUGGAGCUAACUGAACUCGACUCGACGCGCAUCGACUGCAAACCGCUGACGUUUUCGGCCUUUCUUCAUUAGCAAUAGAACUCUCUCUUGUGCAUCGUGUCCGAAUCACGCAACACUGUCGAUGUAACAGCAGAGGGGUUAUCCAGGGAGUUUCAAACUGACAGGCAACCGUGCCGUGUUCCCCGACGUUUAGCAUUCCCGAGCAAACGUAUUUCGUCGAAGUCUAAAGAGUAAUCCUUUUUUUUUACUGCUGGAGCUAUUUUACAGCUAGCCUCGUACGUUUCCUUCUUUUUCCCCCGUUUUUUAUUUCAUCUUUUUUUUACUUAUCGACACGAUCUGUUGUCUCUUUCGCGGAGGACCCGAAUGGGGGAGGAGGGGGAUCAAUUUCGGAACUAUACUAUAACUAUAUAGUGUGCCAAUGGAACGAUGGAGACGCGCGCGUGCGAAAGACAAUUUGAAGCCGUAAUACGCAAAGCACUCUUCUGAACAUCGAGAGACCUGAUAACGCACACUUCUUCCCGUUUGCGUUUUCUUUUGAUAAAUUCUUUACAGACAUUCUACUUUACAUUUCGUCAGUCCCUUGUUUUUCUUUUUUUUUUUUUUUUUAAGUAAGGGUAAACACGCAUGUACAAUGAGUGCAGGGGCGACGGUGUGUCGAAUGAAGGAUGAGAUCACCGCGAGAAGGAGGAGGAAUGUGAGGGAAAGAGGGAGGGAAGAAGAUUUUACUAGACGGAUAUGUGGUACGAGCGAGAAAGCCAGAGUUUUGUACAUAAGACCAUUAACGCCCUUUCUUCCUUCCACAAUUGCCACGUACAACGUUUCUGCUGUUGCAUUAUUAUAUUUUAUAGUGAUUAUUAUUCUUAGUUAUUAUUAUUACCAUACGAUUAUUGAUAAGAAUAUAUUUUCUGCGUUAUUGUAUCCCACCCGAAACCUGUACUAAUGAUACCUUCACCCCAUAAGCGGACGCAUAAGCGGUGUUCUUAGUGUUACACGCGAUAACGAGAUAAAAGAAAAAAAAUACUUAGGAUUAACGAAGAAACGUAAGUUAAGGGGGCACCAUCGGCGAAGAGGGAACUGUUACUGAACGAUCGUCAGUCCAGGUGAUGACGAAAAAAAAGAAAAGGAGAGAGAAAGAGAGAGAAAGAGAGAGAGAGAGAGAAACAAAAGGAAAGAAAUCGCAACUGAAUCCGCAACGAAUUCCGUCGCAUUAGCAACGUAAAACUAUCUCAGUAAAAAUCGGCGUUUGUCGCGUGAGAGCGAUCUGUUUUCUCUGAUACAAGUGCGAAUGAAAACACGAAUGAAAAUAUCUUCGGCUCGUUUUUUCCGAUUAUCUCUCGCUCUAUAAAAUUACUUUCUGUAUUAUAUUGUACAGCCUUACUAACGAGAAACGCGCGAGUCCUGGUAAAAAUCGAUGUAAAUUUAUUCUCAGACCACACACUGCGCUUGUGUCGUUGUGUGCGCUGCGCCGUAUCGCGUCAUAACAAAAGAAAAGAGGAAAAACAGAUCUCAUCGUGAUAUCGUCUUCGUCGAUAUGUAAAAUCCUCAUUCCGAAAUCUCCGAGUACGCAAAAGAGGUGCGAAAAACGACCGAAGGUCUCGAGACAGCCGGAUUCAGCAUACAAACGCGUGAUCUGUAAAUAUACAUAUAUUUCUACCGUGUAACCACCCUGAGACACACACACACACACACCCACACACACAACUGAGUUGCUCGGUCGAUCGUGCUCUUCUCUCAACGAGUAGCGCCCAAACUAGAUAAUUUUCCAAGUGCAAUUAACACGAUUGUACUGAAAAAGAAACAUUCUUCGGCACGGCCGACCGAGCGAUCGUGAUCGAAGAACCGCCCAUGAAAAGAGAAGAAAGGAAGGAAGGAAAGUAGAGAGAGAGAGAGAGAGAGAAAGAGGCGAAUUCAAUUCCCGGACGAGCGUACUUGCAUACACUUGUCCGAGGAUUAAGUCGUCAAUGACACAUACACACGCCAAGCUGUAUUGAAAGCGAGUACAAACUCGCGGUGGAUGAGAGAGCGUGGUCGAUGUAAUGUGACGAACGAACGAAACGACCGCCUGUACACCUCGAUCGCCGUUUUUCCAAUCCUUUUUCCUACCACCGAUGGUCGGCCCCGAAGCUAAUUCGUAAAUUACCCUUUCCUCUCUCUCCCCGAUCCCUAAAUACACACCUAAUAUAUAUAUAUACACACACAUAUAUAUAUAUAUAUAUAUAUAUAUAUAUAUAUAUAUAUAUAUAUAUAUAUAGUCUGGUCAGUAACCGUCACCUCCCCUUACCGGGGUACCCACAAAGGGCAUUUGUAAAGCAUCUUGAUCGCGGCAGGGUGUCCAUUAACAGACGCGUACCGACCAGUAGUAGAUAUGACACUCGACAGUGUUUGUCGCACUUAGGAUCGUCGUCGCGCCGCGGGUUUACGCGGAGCUUUAUAAGCACGACUGUGCGGGACACUAACUCGGCGAGAAUUGUCGCACAAUUUGUUGAGCAACGCGCUGCUCGUAACGAUCCCUCGUUCGCCUACGCUCUUACGCUCCUGCGUGAAUUCACGCGACGCGACGGCGGGCUUUGUAGAUCUUAGAUAUCUCCCACAUUCUCAUGGGGCAAGACUUCGAUCGACUGUUCACGGAAGAAAAGUCGUCUGUGACGAGAUUUCCUUAUUUUUGUUCGAAUAAUCAUUGAGCUUCGUUCUUUUCCUUUUGUUUUAGUUCUUCGCGUAUUCUUCUAUCAUUGUUCAGAUUGGAGUAUGAUGUGUAUCGAAUGUGUGCGAGUGUCUUUUCGACACAGCACGCGUGUCACGUCGCAUUGUACAUAUUUUUUCUUUUUUUUUUUUAGUAUUUUUAUAUCGAUUGUUUUGUUCUGGAUCGGUCAAUGUAAUUGUUUCGACGCGAACGGCAAGAAGAAAUGUUGAGAUUGCUGAUCUGUGAACAGUCUUGCGAAGUCAGCUUGACCCGGCGGAAGUCCACGUGGGAGUCGCGGUUUCCCCUUUACUAAGAGACAGGCCUGUGAUGCCCUGAAAUGAAGUAAAUCGAAUCAAAACUGUUCCGCGCGAAGCUUCGUCCGCGUGUAUGCAUUUUUCGUCUAACAACACACACUUGUUAACUGUAACCCGUUUCACUACGACGAGGCACACAAGCACGCGUGUGAAUGUUAGCGAACGACAGAGAGAAAGAAAGAGAGAAAGAAUGUGUGUGUAUGUGUGUGUGUUUGUGUGUAGAUGCGUGUGCGAGUAACGUGUGCGUGGAAAAAAUAUUGUAGCCAGAUAUGCAUUAAGCCAGUUAUUAGCCAUUAAGCCACAACUGGUCUUUCGGAAUCGCGGCAGGAUUGAAAGAGGAAUAGCGUGCGAGAUAACAUGAUCAUAAAUGGGAGAGAGAGAAAGAGAGAGAGAACGCUACACACUCAUUCGUAUCACGAUGUGCGUGUACUGUAUAAGAUAUACAGUUUACAAUUAUUUGUAAUGGAUACUUUUUAUUUGUCAAAUAAAAGUUAGUACAAAGCAA